AUGCGGCACAAGGGAACGAAAUCACACAACCUCACCCAAUUGCAGUCGGUGGAGCUGCAGCGGCUGGCCAUUCGCAUGCGCCGGGAGCUUGACUUGAAAGACAGGAUGCUGCACCUGCAGGCGUACCGAAACACGUUCACGGGGCCACAGGCCGUGACUUGGCUCACCAGCAGCGUCGGCGGCGGCGCGGGAAGCUCCGAGGAAGCUGUGGAGCUGGCAACACGCAUGCUGCGCGCGGGUUUUAUCAAGAACGUGGCCCAUCGCGACACCUUCACCGGCCGCGAGGGCGACGUGCUCAAGUUCGUGUCGGCGGCGCUGCCGCCGCGCGACGCCGAGUCCAGCAGCGGCGGCGGCGACUACUCUAAGAGCCAGCUCAAAAAGAUUGGCUCUGGCUUUUCCAAGGAGAUUGUGAAGCUAGGCAAGGCGGCGGCCGAGCCCUUCAAGAAGAUCGAGCGGGCCAUGGACACGAUAUCAGACACGAUCAGCGACUACUAUUACGGCUUCCCCUGCGACUUGGCACACAAGAUCAAGCCAGCUUGGCACGGCAUGCACUCCAAGCUGCUGGGCCCUUGCAUCGAUUCGCCCCCUUGCUGA